CAGCGGGGGAGCUUCUCCAGAAUACCGCUCCCCAAACAGGGCCGAUGUUCCGGAAUUGUGUCACGAUCGCUGCUUGUCCACGCCAGCCUCCACGUCGACAGACCACACCGGAUCCGACACACACAAGACAAAGACUCUUCGAUGGCAGUGGGGUCCACGAGUCUAGAGCCCGCAUGUCAGGGGCACGACCCGCACACCGCUGUUCGAAUGCCUCGGGUGGAGCGCCCCGGAGAAACUAGCCGUUACACCCCCAACGUUCCCUUUUCCCUUCCCCAUCUGCUUCUCCUCCCAUCCCCACCGAGACAACUGGCCGAACCCAAAUCCACCCGCCGCACACGCGGAACCUCCAGGAUCCCGCCGGACGACGAGCUCGAAACCCUAGGGAUGGCGACGGCGGCGGACGCGAAGACCCCGACCAAGCCCCUGGGACCCGCGGGGGCGGCGGCGAGGGCUCCGACCAAGCCCUUGGCCCCCGCGGGGACGGCAGGGGGCAAGGGGACGCCGACGAAGACGCCCUGCUCCGCGCGCGCGCGGCCCUACCACGCGUCCGAGAACGCCCACCCCAACAUCCCCGGCACGCCUCCUCCCCCGCAGCCGACGCCGUCCAAGCCCGUCCUCAAGUCCCCGGCGGCCGCGGGCGCCAAGUCCGCCUCCGCCAAGAAGAAGCCCUCCACGCCAGCGCCCGCGGCGCCCCCGCCGCCUCCGCGGGAGCGGGAGCGGCGGUUCCUCGUGGCGAAGAAGGGCGCGGGGCGGCGGCGCAACCUCGGGAGAGCUGGGGGCGGCGGCGGGGGCGAGAUCGACUUCGACAAGUGCCGCGAGGCCGCGCGCGAGGCGCUGCGCGCGUCGCAGGAGGAGUUCUUCCUCAAGCAGCGCGCCGAGGCUGCCGCCGUUGCCGAGGUGGAUCAAUUGGUGGUACAGCACGAGGAGGCCAAGGCCGCGGCUGAAGAGGAUGUGAAAGGCGGCGCCUUCGAGGAGGAGGGGAAGGAGGGGAUUGAGGCGGAAUUGGAGGGGAGCAGCAAGGUGAGGGCGAUGAGGUCCAAGACGAUGGCCAAGGCGAUGAGCAGCGUUCCAGAUCCCGGUUCCGGCCGCGUCAAGCAUCUGGUGCACGCUUUCGAGAGCCUGCUCACCAUCUCCGGCGCCACCUCCGACGCAGACAAGGCCGGUGAGGGCUCAUGGGCCCUGCCCGGGUUGCAGUCGUUGAAGGAUGAGGGUGAGGGUGACCUGGGGCUCCCACAGGUAUCAGUAUUCUUGUCAUCUGAUUUCCUGAAUGCAGGGCCUAAUAGGCUCUGCUCGUCACUUGAUGGCAAGGCCGACAGGUUCAGCUGGGAUAGCAAAACAUCGGCUGGAGGGCGCAGGAGCAGGAGAACCUCAUCGGAAUCACUAAGGAGCAGCUGGAACAGAAAGCUUAAGGUCACAAGCCAGCAUCCCUUCAAGCUAAGGACUGAGCAAAGAGGAAGAUUUAAGGAACAACAGCUCGCCCAAAAGGUGCAAGAAAUGCUUUUGGAAGAAGAGAAGAAGCGUAUCCAUGUUGCUCAAGGAUUGCCAUGGACUACAGAUGAACCUGAGUGUUUGAUAAAGCCUGCAGUUAAAGAAAGAACUGAGCCGAUAGACCUUGUUCUGCAUAGCGAUAUGCGUGCACUGGAACGCGCUGAAUUUGAUCAACACGUGUUGGAGAGGAAUAAGUUCGCAGAGCUGCAAAGGAUGGAGUGGGAGAGACAACAGGAGUUGGAGGAGCAAGAAAGGAUAAGGCAACUGAGAAGGACAGAUCUUAUUCCCAAAGCCCAACCCAUGCCAUGCUUUGAACGGCCCUUCAUCCCAAAAAGGUCUGCAAAACCGGCAACAAUUCCCAUGGAACCAAAAUUUCAUCUGCGGCCAGAAAGGCUCUCGUGUUACUGUCGACAGCAAUGCUUGGAGCUUGGAAAGCUGAAGCCACAGCCACAACAGCCGUGUGAACGUCAAUCCAGAAAUGCAGAGCAUCGUCACACAUGAUCCAGAUGUUUUAUAUUCCCUCUCCUCUUCUUAUUCCUUCUUAUUCGUCCUUCGCCCAUAUGUGAAGAAAAUGCUAUCAAAUUCAUCUUUUUGUAGCUUGCUUGGAAAACCUCCAAGUUCUGUUCUGUAUAUGCAUGCAUAUUACUUGGCUCUGUGCUUCAGAUGCGAUCACGUCAAGGUUCAAAAAUAUGUUGUACAAGGAACUGUGAGAGAAAUUCAAAGGUGGAUUUCUGUGUUA